CUGCGGCUGCCUGGGUUGCCAUGGUCCUUACCGUCUCCAGCCAGGGGCCAGGAGGCUCUCUCCCAUCUGGGGCCAGCUGCAAGCCCUGGCAUGAGAAAGUCACUCAGGAUUUCCGCCAUCAAUUUGUUCAUAAAUUAAUCUAGGCCAUGUUUCCUAUUCUUGACCCUGCAGCACUGCACGAUGGACAGAUGGAGAAUCUGGUGGCAUAUGCUCGGAGGUUGGAAGGCGACAUGUAUGAAUCGGCAAAUAGCAGGGCAGAGUACUAUCACCUGCUAGCUGAGAAGAUCUAUAAGAUUCAGAAGGAGUUGGAGGAAAAGCGAAGAACCAGGCUGCAGAAGCAAAACAUGAUACCAAAUGCACCGGGCAUGCCACAGGCUCCCAUGAAUCAAGGGCCCAACAUGGGACAGCCUCAGCCAGGAAUGUCUGCAACCCUAGAGGAUUGUUUGGGAAACCUGAACCUGCAGGACCCCACACACUACUGAAAUUUGCCAAUCAAGUUGCAUGCAGUAGGCUCUGCAAGCUCACCACCACUGUACCUUUCUAAUUAGGAUAGCCCUACCCAUGAUUCUCAACGUGAUUCAGUCCAAUAAUGAUUCUCCCUUGCGUUUAGAGUGAUAGGCUGUAGCCCCCUGUUAGAGCCUUUGGAUUGUCUGAAAGGAGGAUUCACAUGUAACUGUAAUAUACAUAAGCCUUUGAACUAACCUUUUGCAUGCUACUUUAUUUCAGACUGCAACUAAGACAAUAUGACUGUAUGCACAAGAGAGGAAGUGUGCAUGUGUUUCACAUGCUAUUUGUUUAGAUUCGCACUACAAAAUCUGUGCAGUGUAGAAACAUUCAGUACAGGGUUUUUCUUUCUUUUUUUUUUUUUUCUUUCUUUUUUUUUUUUUUUACAAUGUCAGCAAAAUGAAAGUGAUAAAAUAAAAGGAAUAGAAUGUGAAAUAGAAGAAACUCCAGGGGGCGUAGCUUUUGCAUAGAAGAGAAUCAGUGCUACAGAUACGGAGGGUCACUUGUUUCUUUCCUUUUCUUGACAGUGAGCUGGGAUAAGGAAUGUUGCUAGCAGUACGACUAAGACCACAGUGCUUUUCCACAGGGAAAAAAAAAAAGCCAAAAGGGGCAGACUUGUACUAUGAAAAAGCUAUGGUAUAAAUGCAGAUAAAUUUUAAAAUAAAUCACAGCUUUUUACCAACUAUCUAUUUAUGGAAGAAAUCUCUGAUGUGAUCUCUGAUCACUUGAGGACAUGGGGAGCAGCGUAAUCACUUCAUGUAGGUAAUAUACCGUGCAAUACUUGAACACAGCAGCUUUGGCAUUGUUUUGGAUUUUCAUUUCCUAGGGAGGAGGUGGACAAGUGCUAAUGCCACCGCAGGGCCACUAAAUGCUUAGAACCUUCCAAAGGGAAGGAAGGAAUAUCCACGUGGGCCCACAGAGGAAAAAUGCAGAGAACAAGGCAGCGGAGGGACUUGCGGGUGCUUUUGAUGCUUUUUAUCCCUUUUUAAAUGCUUUUUAUCCCUUUUAAUGCCCCAGGGAUGCAGCCAGGCUGCAGUGGGGUGUGAGUGUGCAUCAGGAUGCAGUGUGUCAGCUGUUCGGGUGCUUGUGUUACCAGCUGUAUGAUGGGGUUUUCAGAAAGGGGAUAACAUGUCCCGCUCAUCUUCGGGACCUGGUUGAGUGUUAACUGUAACAAAGGGCUGGGUUAAACGUAAACCCCGGCCGCUGUGCCUGAGGGACAGGGAGUGCCACAGAAUUGGUCGCUGGAGAUUGCUUCUUCACUUCCGACGCUUCAGUAUAAAAUCCGAGCGCUGCUGCAGACUCAAACUCAGGAAAACCCCUAAGGACGGACGAACCCAACCCCCCAGACGACUUCCCGCUUGUCGCCAUUUUCACCACGCCGGCCGUCAUGGCGGCGCCCCCCCCGGCGGAAGGCGAACUACAGUGCCCAUGGCGCCCCGCGGCGGGAGCAACCCCGGCGCUCACGGGCUCCAUUUUCUCCGCCCGCGGCCGGGGGAGGGAGGCGCUCCGCCGGCGUGAGGCGGGCUGGCGGCCAUGGAGCAGGAGCGGGCCGGGGAGGUGGUGUCUUCCUUAUGCCACAAGACCUCAUCUUUGGAGCGGAUGGAGGAGGAAGGUGAGGAGGAAGAGGAGGAUGACGACUUGGACAUCUUUGGGGGUUACGACAGCUUCCGGAGCUACAACAGCAGCGUGGGCAGCGACAGCAGCUCCUGCCUGGACGAGUCCAGCGAUGAUGAGGUUGUGGACCGGGAGGCUGGAGAGCUCCCGACCUCCCCUGUGCACCAGCCACCUGCGGGGCGGAUCACAGAGGACAGCGGCUCUGAGCCAGCUGUGUGCGAGAUGUGUGGCAUUGUGGGAACCAGGGAGGCUUUCUUCUCCAAGACCAAACGUUUCUGCAGUGUCUCCUGCUCCAGAAGCUACUCCUCAAACUCCAAGAAGGCCAGCAUCCUGGCCAGGCUGCAGGGGAAACCGCCAACAAAGAAAGCGAAAGUCCUGCACAAGGCAGCCUGGUCGGCCAAGAUCGGGGCCUUCCUCCAUUCGCAGGGCACGGGGCAGCUGGCAGAUGGGACGCUGACGGGCCAGGAUGCACUUGUCCUGGGCUUUGACUGGGGAAAGUACCUGCAGGAGCACGGCUUCAAGGCAGCUCCAGUCAGCUGCUUCAAACACGUGCCGCUCUUCGAUCAGUGGGAUGACGUGGUGAAAGGUAUGAAGGUGGAAGUGCUGAACAGCGACGCCGUGCUCCCCAGCCGAGUGUACUGGAUCGCAUCCGUCAUCCAGACCGUAGGGUACAGGGCCCUCCUGCGAUACGAGGGCUUUGAGAAUGAUGCCGGCCAUGACUUCUGGUGCAAUUUAGGCACGGUGGAUAUUCAUCCCAUCGGCUGGUGUGCCAUCAACAGCAAAAUCCUGGUACCACCACAAACUAUUCAUGCCAAGUACACUGACUGGAGAAGCUACCUCAUGAAAAAACUGGUGGGAGCCAGGACCAUCCCAGUGGAUUUCCACAUCAAGAUGGCGGAGAGCAUGAAGUACCCGUUCCGGCAGGGCAUGCGGGUGGAGGUGGUGGAUAAGAACCACGUGUCCCGGACGCGCAUGGCGGUGGUGGACACGGUCAUCGGGGGCCGGCUGCGACUCCUCUACGAGGACGGGGACAGCGACGAUGACUUCUGGUGCCACAUGUGGAGCCCCCUCAUCCAUCCUGUGGGCUGGUCACGGAGAGUGGGCCACAGCAUGAAGAAGAUAGAAGAAAAGCGCAGUGACAUGGCAAACCAUCCCACCUUCCGGAAGAUUUACUGUGACGCCGUCCCUUACCUGUUUAAAAAGGUACGGGCUGUCUAUGCCGAAGGCGGAUGGUUUGAGGAAGGCAUGAAACUGGAAGCCAUCGACCCCCUGAAUUUGGGCAACAUUUGUGUGGCCACUGUUUGCAAGGUCCUCUUGGACGGAUAUCUCAUGAUCAGCAUUGAUGGAGCCACAUCUGAUGACGGCUCGGACUGGUUCUGCUAUCAUGCUUCCUCACACGCCAUCUUCCCUGUCAACUUCUGUCAGAAGAACAGCAUCGAUCUGACCCCUCCGAAAGGGCAAGAUGCAAAGACCUUCAACUGGGAAACUUACCUGGAAAAGACUAAAUCAAGACCUGUUCCGGCACGGCUCUUCAACACAGACUGCCCAAACCAUGGCUUCAAGGCAGGCAUGAAGGUGGAGGCAGUGGACCUGAUGGAGCCCCGGCUCAUCUGCGUGGCCACGGUGAAGCGCGUGGUGCACCGCCUGCUCAGCAUCCAUUUCGACGGCUGGGACAACGAGUACGACCAGUGGGUGGACUGCGAGUCUCCAGACAUUUACCCCGUGGGGUGGUGCGAGCUGACAGGCUACCAGCUUCAACCACCUGUCGUUCCAGGAAAAAAGUUACCUGCUAAAACCCGCACAAUCAAGCAGACCGUCAAGAAGCCUCCUGUCUCAAGGACAAAACGAGAAGCAAAAGCUGCCAUCAAGGUUUUGCCAGAGCCACCACCCGAUGAGAUCAUUGCUGUGCAGGUAAAAGAAGAAACCAUCGACCCCUCGCUGCCGGAGUUUGAAGCCACAGAGCUUCCCGUUCCUAUCAGCAGCAUAAAGCAAGAGGUGACGGACUGAUCCUGGAGUAUCCCGCAGCAGCCUGUGCUUCAUCUCGUGGCUCUUUGGGGAAGCAGAAGACCAAAAGGGCCUUCCCUUUUUGAGGCAGCAUCACAACUCUGCUUUCUUGUCGUGCAAGAAGAUCGCCCCCAGACUUGGAACUAAGCCCUAGGACGUGGACUCCAGAAGAGCCACGGGCUCGCUGAGGGGCAUGACUGGGGGGCUGCUGGGGUUGUGUGUGCCUGGCACCAGAGGCACCUCUCUGAGCAGAAGCCCCUGACGGGAAGGAGGCUGCCAGAGCACGUAGGGGCAGUCUGGGUUCUCAGCCAUGGCUGGAGGGGGUGACCUGCAGUCCGAGAUGGUGUGUGCAGGUUGCAUGCAUCAGGGAAUGGGCUGCUCUCGUAGGAUAUCUGUGCCGUGCAACCUCUGAGAAAGUCAGGACAGGAAGAGUGAAAAGAGGUGAGAAGUGGAAAAGGAAUGAUGAUGCCUCUGCAGGAAGCAAGAGAACUUCGUGUGUCAUCGGUUCCUGCUUUUGAACCCAGACUGCGGAUUAUAUGGUGCACAGUUUGAAAUUUUUAUUUUUUAACACUCCUACUGUAAAUUUGAUCAAUGAUCUGUGAAAUAAACUAAGGAAGAAGU